GGGGGGGGGUGGGGGGGAGGAAGCAGGAGCCGUGGAUUUAAAAUUAAAAUAAAAGAAGAAGCAGCCGUUCAGGGAGGGGAAGAAGCAGAAGGGACGUUGCUGUGAGCGGACCGAGGAGGAUUUGUGAGUGUGCAAUGUUGGGCCGGGCUGCUGCUGCCCAGCACCGAUACUUGUAGAUAAACACAGAGCCUCCCGGGGGAGCCCGGAUCCUCCCUCCCUCCCUCACUGACACACUCACUCACUCACUCCCAACAACAUGGACGGGCAGCCGCCGGCUGCAGGAAGCGAGUCGCCACCCCGCAGCCGGGACAGAUCCGACAGGUCCUCCUCGAAGAAGAAACCUGCCGAAGACGACCCAAGGAACAAAACCAAGCUGAACCUUAACAUAAAAACUUUGGCGGAUGAUGUGCGUGACAGAUUAACCAGCUUUCGAAAGUCAUCUACAAAAAAAGAGAAACCUCACAUACAGCAUCCUACUGACUCCCAAACAGCCAUGUGUGACUUACCACUAGCACAACCAGUAUUUGAGGAGUGUUUUAUGAAUCUUUCUGAGAAAGAAAUUUUAGAUCUCUUUGAAAAAAUGAUGGAAGACAUGAAUCUGAAUGAGGACCGUAAAGUUCCACUCCGAGGAAAGGAUCUGAUGACAAAGAGAGAAAUGGUGGUUCACUACAUCUCUGCAACUGCCAAAUCUAUAACUGGAAGCAAAGUUUCGGGUGGGCUGAGGAACAGCAAGCAUGAAAGUACCCUCUCAUCCCAAGAAUAUGUUCAUGAGUUACGUUCUGGAAUCACUGAUGAUAAACUUCUUAACUGCUUAGAAUCACUGAGAGUUUCUUUGACCAGCAAUCCAGUUAGCUGGGUUAAUAACUUUGGUCAUGAAGGACUUGGUCUCAUGCUUGAUGCUUUGGAGAAACUAUUGGACAAAAAACAACAAGAAAUGAUUGACAAGAAAAACCAACAUAAGCUUAUCCAAUGUUUAAAAGCAUUUAUGAACAACAAGUUUGGUUUGCAAAGAAUACUUGGCGAUGAAAGGAGUCUAUUAUUAUUGGCAAGAGCGAUUGACCCAAAACAAACAAACAUGAUGAUAGAAAUUGUCAAAAUUCUGUCAGCAAUUUGCAUUGUUGGAGAAGAAAAUAUCCUUGAUAAAAUCUUGGAGGCCAUAACUACAGCUGCAGAGCAAAAUAAUAAAGAACGAUUUGCACCCAUUGUCGAGGGAUUGGACAAUCAUGAAGCACUUCAGCUGCAGGUCGCAUGCAUGCAGUUAAUUAAUGCUUUGGUCACAUCUCCAGAUGAUCUAGAUUUCAGGAUACACUUGAGAAAUGAAUUCCUGCGUUGUGGGUUGAAAAAGAUACUUCCUGUGCUGAAAGAGAAAGAAAAUGAAGAACUAGAUAUUCAGUUAAAAGUGUUCGAUGAAAACAAAGAAGAAGACUUCAUUGAGGUGUCACAUCGACUGGAAGACAUCCGGUCUGAGAUGGAUGACAUGAAUGAAGUGUACCAUCUGCUCUCUAAUAUGGUGAAGGACACUGCAGCGGAGAAUUAUUUUCUCUCACUGCUGCAACAUCUACUGCUCAUCAGGAAUGAUUAUUAUGUCAGACCUCAGUAUUACAAGAUUAUUGAAGAAUGUGUAUCCCAGAUAGUAUUGCAUCGGAAUGGAGUAGAUCCUGACUUUGAAUACCGUAAACGAUUAGAUGUAGAUUUUUGUCAUCUUAUAGAUCAAUGUGUUGACAAAGCAAAAGUAGAAGAAAGUGAACAAAAGGCAUUAGAAUUUUCCAAAAAGUUUGAUGAAGAAUUUACAGCAAGACAGGAGGCACAGGCUGAAAGUCAAAAAAAAGAUGAAAAAAUCAAAGAGCUUGAAACAAAACUCCAUCAGUUGGAAGCAGAGCGGAAAACAGCAUCUGUGCCUUCUAAUGCGCUGCCUCCACCACCACCACCACCACCACCACCACCUCCCCCUGGUGGAAUUCCAGUCCCACCUCCCCUUCCAGGAGGCAUUGCUCCUCCCCCACCUCCUCCCCCUCCUCCUCCUCCACCACCCCUGCCAGGUGGUGGGCCACCACCACCACCUCCACUUCUUGGUGGCCCAGGCAUACCACCACCACCACCACCGCCACCGUUUGGGGGCCCGGCUCCUCCUCCUCCACCCUUUGGAGGUCCAGCUGUUCGUUCGCAGGCUCCUGCACCACUACCACAUGGACUACAGCCGAAAAAACAAUAUAAUCCAGAAGCUCCUAUGCGAAGAGCCAACUGGUCUCAGAUUGGGCCUCAGGAAAUGACAGAGACGUGUUUUUGGAUCAAAGCCAAAGAAGAAAAGUUUGAGAGUCCGGAUCUAUUUGCUAAACUAGUGCUUAGUUUUGCUACGCAAGCAAAAGUCAAAAAGGACGAUGUUCAAACUGAGGAAAAAAAGUCUGUUCCCAAGAAAAAAAUAAAAGAACUGAAGAUAUUGGACCCUAAAACAGCUCAGAAUUUGUCAAUUUUCCUGGGUUCUUAUCGCAUAGCUUAUGAAGAAAUCAGGAAUAUCAUUUUAGAAGUGGAUGAGGAGAAGCUCAGUGAGCCCAUGAUUCAGAACUUGGUGAGAUAUUUACCAGAGCAAAAGGAGCUUAAUACUUUAUCCCAAUUUAAAGAUGAAUAUGAUGACCUAUGUGAACCUGAGCAGUUUGGAGUGGUGAUGAGCACUGUAAAGUUGUUACGACCACGACUGAACAAUAUUCUCUUCAAACUUCAGUUUGAAGAGUAUUUGAACAACAUCAAACCCGACAUAAUGAAUGUAACAAUUGCCUGUGAAGAGGUGAAGAAGAGCGAAAAUUUCAGUAAAAUUUUGGAGUUGGUUCUUCUUGUGGGUAACUACAUGAAUUCAGGUUCCAGAAAUGCACAAACCUUUGGCUUCAAGAUCAGCUAUCUUUGCAAGCUGAAAGAUACUAAGUCAGUCGACCAGAAGGCAACAUUGAUGCACUUUUUAGCAGAGAUUACAGAAGAGAAAUAUCCAGAAAUCUUGAAAUUCACAGAUGAAAUUAACCACAUAGAAAGUGCAAGCAAAGUUUCAGAACAAAUUCUGAAGAGCAGUUUGGAUGCUAUGGAACGACAGAUCCAGUGUCUUGAAAGGGAUAUCAAGAAGUUCCCUGAAACAGAAGAUGAACAUGAUAAAUUUGUGGAAAAAAUGUCCAGCUUUGCCAAGCAUGCAAGAGACCAGUAUGAAAAGCUUUCCAACAUGUACAGCAAUAUGAUGAAGUUGUACAAAGGACUGGGUGACUAUUUUGUCUUUAAUCCCAAAACAGUCAGCAUUGAAGACUUCUUCACUGAUCUAAAACACUUCAGGUCCAUGUUCCUGGAAGCACUGAAAGAAAACAUUAAGAAGAGGGAAACUGAAGAAAAGAUUAAAAGAGCAAAGCUGGCUAAAGAGAAAGCAGAGAGGGAGAAGUUGGAACGGCAGCAAAAGAAGAAACAGUUGAUUGAUAUGAACAAAGAGGGUAAUGAAACGGGAGUAAUGGAUAGCCUGCUGGAGGCCUUGCAGUCAGGUGCUGCAUUCAGGGAUCGCAGGAAGCGCACACCAAGAAAUCUCGGUGAACAAGGUCCAGCUAGUCCAACAUCCCGAUGGCCUGUUGACAAGGAAAAUAGGCGCAUUACUUUGGAGAGGUCACGUUCACGACACAAUGGAAAUACAACAUUUGCAUGAUCCCAAGGUGCCAAAGGACUGAAGUUUGAAGAUUAUUUUCUAACAAGCCUUGGGCAUCAGAGCAGCUCAGAAUGUUAGUGCAGAUAAUAAUCUGUGAAGACAGCAAAGAGGAGAUUCCAAAGGAAUCAUGAAAAGAUUGUGUCUGAGAAUGCACAAGGUUGAACACCCUUUUCUGACCCUUCAGAAAGUUUUAAUUUUUAUAUUCCCACUAACUGACCUAAAAUUGCGAACAGGUAACUUUGUCCAUUGUGUUCUGAAACUCGUUUAAAUUUUUUUUGUGUAUUAAAAAAAAAGAAAUUCAAAUACUUCAGAUCCCAAUUUGGCGUGAUUCUCAUGCUUUUCUGUUUGUACUUCACAUGAGUUAGUUCAAAGUUAUUUUGCUUUGGGGUCAUGGAAUGCUACCAAAAUAACCAAAGUCUGAACAUAUUCAGUGUAUCAACUGUGGCAAAAUAGCCUUCUUUUGCUCUCUGGUUUUUCAGGAGGACUUAUUUUACAUUUCUGUUUUCCCUAAAAUAAGUAUUUUUCUUGAGCAAAAAUAUUUUCUAAUUAUGCACUUGUAUGUACUUUAUAUGCAUAUUUUCAGGAAACAAAAUGAUGAAUACAGCAUUCUUAUUUUGUCACUGCCUGUCACAAGAGACUGACAUCUAUUAAGUAAUGUGUGUAUUACAUGAUUUCUGAAGUCACAUGCAAAAUACAUUAAGUAUGAGUUUUAAUAUAACAUAGUUAUUGCACAGUCCGCUUUGCUGCAGUGAAAGUUUAGUCAUAUCCACAUUGUGCAAUAGCAAUGUUGCAACACUCAUAUUUGUUUUAUACAAAUUAUGAUUUUGGAAAUUGCAUCAUAAAAUGCAUUCCAUUUAAAUGUGUUUUAAGUAUUAUAAGCAGAUCUCAGCAGUAGUUGGGAUAUGUGUUUAAAUGGUCAGACAAAUAAAGUACUCAUUUUAAACUUCAUAACCAGUUUAUAUGUUAGCAAAUAUCUUCACUUCCCAUGACAAUUACAAAUAGUCAACCAAGUUCCAAAUCCAUUAAAUAUAUAGUGAAGGUUUGUUGUAAAUGAAUUUGCAAAUACUUAAGAGUUGCUUGUCUUAUAUAAAUGAAAAUAGAAUGUAUAUCAGCACAAUGCCUUUAAUGUUUAAAAUAAAAUUGAUAUUAUUGAGAUUGUUGUCAUUUAAAGUAUUUCCAAUUUUCACACAGCACCUGCUUUCUUCUCAAUUCAAAGUACUUUAUAAAACCGCAAGUGAAUUCUAGUGCUGAGAAAGCAAGUUGUCUCAGUCUAUCAGGAGAAAUCUUCAUCUUGUAGACAUCCCGAAUGGUCCCAUUGUUUCUGACUGACCUUUUUUGCCCUGCGUUGCUGCUGCAUUUGUUUUCAGGCCAACAGACCAGACAUGCUCUUUUGUUGAUGGAACUAUUCAAUUCAAAUUCUAAUUAUGCAAGAGACUGGUCUACUUCCUACCACAGAUGUUGUCUGGGUAAUGUUGAGAGUGAUGAUUAACUCUUUCAUUGAUAUUACUUCCACCCCAAGGCAAAGAACUGUAGAGGUAACUUUAAACCUUUCUUUCACAAUUUUUUUGUUUUACUAAAUUCUUCUUGUCACUGGAUUGUUAUUGACUACUUUUUCUCUAUUUAAAUACUGUGAUUUAAUUGUUAGGAUAUAACUUUACUAUUUGGUCUCAUAUUCUUAGAAUUACACCAGAGAAAUAAGACUUUUUACCAGUUUGCUGCAGUUUUCUGACUCCAAAGUCUAUUGUCCAAUGUAUGCACAUCCUUCUGUUCAAAAGCCUCAUCAGAAAAGAUGUGUACAGUUUAGUUCCAAAUGCUAGAGGAAACUAUGCCUUUGAGAGAUUUCAACUUGGGAGACAGCUGGACAAAUGGUAAUGACAGAAUGUACAAUGGUAAGUAAAUCUUCUCAAAUAGGCAACCAAUUAGAUAUGUUGAAUUAUCCCUGUAAAUUAGACAAAGAAUCAAGCAGAGAUUGGAGAAAGUUCGUGAUGCUAGACGAUGAUACCAGAUUCCUCUGCAAUCAUAGUAAGCAUUGAAGAAAUAUUCAACAUUGUGCAGAUUUACAGCGAAGGGAUGCACAUGUGCAAAAUUAAUUCUGGAAUUAAUCAGGCAUUGUAGGGCUCAAAUAAAUAUGGUUGAAAAAGUGACAAAUUGUAAAGAAAAAUUCAACUUUUAAAAAUUGAGCGAGCUUCUUAGCAGUGUACAUGACAAAAUUACUUGCCAAGAUUUCAUGAGUUCUUGCCUUGUAAGAGUAUAAUAUAAAAAAUUAAGUGAACUCUUUCCUACUUUGUGCUUUUGCAAACCCCUUACUACUGUAGAUCCUCCUCCGGCUAGAAAUAUGGGUUCAUCAAGGCCACACGUUUUUCCUGAGACUGUUGGUGAUACUUCAUGAUUUGUCAGCAAAGAAGUAAACUCAUAGGGAAACGUCAAGUUGCUAAGAAAAUCUAAAACUGGCACAAACAAGGUUGACAUACAAAUUAACCCAAAUCUAGAGUUUAAAUCUGUUAAAUUUUAUGAUGGAAGCAAAUUUUCUGGCUUAGAAGGCACAAGGCGAUAGCCUAGUGGUAUUAUUGUUGGACUGUUAAUCCAGAGGCCCAGAUAACUUUCCAGUCAAAUGGGUUCAAAUCAUGCCACAGCAAAUGGUGGAGAUUGAAUUCAAUAAAUAUCUAUAAUUAAGAAUUUAAUGAUGAAUCCAUUGUUGAUUGUCACAAAAACCCAUCUGGUUCAGUAAUAUCCUUUAGGGAAAGGAACUGCUAUGCUUGCCUCAUCUGGCUUACAUGUUACUCCAGACCCACAGCAAUGUAGUUGACUCUGAAGUGCCCUCUGGGCAAUAAGGAGUGGGCAAUAAAUGCUGCCUAGCCAGUGAUGCCCUCAUCCCGUGAAUGAACAAAGGAAAAAAAGUAAGAGUAACUUAGUGAAGUAAAGUCUAAGAUAGUGACCCCAAGAGCUUUCAACAUAUCAGUGCAAAAAGAUAAGGAUGAGGCAUUCGCAGCAAUCUUCAACCAGAAGUGCUGAGUGGAUGAUCUAUCUCAGCCUACUUCAGUGGUCCCCAAUUCAAUUCACUCCAUGUGAAAUCAAGAAGCAGUUUGAGGCAUUGGAUAAGACAAUGACUGUGGGCCCUGACAACAUUCCGGCAAUAGUACUGAAGAUUUAUGCUCCUCAAGCCAAGCUGUUCCUGUACAGUUACAGUUACAACACUGACAUCUACUCAACAAUGUGGAAAAUUGCCCAGCUAUGUCCUGUACUUCAAAAGCAGGACAAAUACAACCCAGCCAAUUAUCACCCCCAUCAGUAUACUCUCAAUCAUCAGAAAAGUGAUGGAAGGUGCCAUCAACAGUGUUAUCAAACAGCACCUGCUCAGUGAUGCCCAGUUUGGAUUCUAUCCAGGCCACUCAGCCCCUGACCUCAUUACAGCCUUGGUUCAAACAUGGACAAAAAUGCUGAAUUCCAGAGGUGAGAGUGGCAACCCUUGACGUAAUGGUUGCAUUUGAUCAAGUGUGGCAUCGUGGAGCCCUAGCAAAACUGAAGUCAAUGAGUAUCCGGUUGGAGUCAUAAAGUGCACAUAGGAAGAUGAUCAUGGUUGUUGAAGGUUAGUCAUGUCAGCUGCAGAAGUUUAUCAUGAUAGUGUCCUCGGCCCAACCAUCUUCAGUUGUUCAUCAAUGACCUUCCCUCUAUCAUAAUGUCAGGAUGGGUAUGUCCGUUGAUGAUUUCACAAUGUUCAGCACCAUUCGCGACUCCUCAGAUAUUAAAGCAGACUACAUCCAAAUGCAGCAAGAUCGAGACAAUAUCCAGGUUUGGGCUGACAAGUGGCAAAUAUGUGCCAUGCCACACAAAUGCCAACUUUGACCAUUACCCAUAAGAGGCAAUCUAACUUCUGCCCCUUGACAUUCAAUAAUGUUACGAUCACUGAAUCCCCCACUGUCAACAUCCAGGUGGAGGUUUGGUUUACCAUUGACCAGAAAUUGAACUGGAUUCACCACAUAACCACAGUGAGUACAAAAACAAAUCAAAAGCUAGGAAUACAGCGGUGAGUAACUCACCACCUGAACUCCACCCCCCCCCCCCCCCCUCCCAAAAAGCCUGUCUUCCAUCUACAAGGCACAAGUCAGGAGUGUGAUGGAAUGCUCCCACUUGACUGGAUGUGUGCAGUUACAACAACACUCCAGAAGCUUGACACCAUUCAGGACUAAGCAGUCCACUUGAUUGGUAUUCCAUCCACAAGCAUCUACUCCCUCCACCACUGAUACUGAGUAGCAGCAGUAAGUAUUAUCUACAAAAUGCAUUUCAGAACUUUACCAAAGAUCCUCAGCAUCUUCCAAACCCACAACCACUUCCAUCUAGAAGGACAAAGGUAGCAAAUGCAUAGGAACACCACCUGCUCCAAGUUCCCCAUGGAAAUGUAUUACCAUUCCUUCACUGUUGCUGGGUCAAAUUCCAAGAAGUCCUUCACUCAAAGUAUCAUGGGUCAACUCACAACAGGUGGACUGCAGCAUUUCAAGAAGGCAACACAUCACCAUCUUCUCAAGGGCAACUAGGGGCGGGCAAUAAAUGCUGCCCAGCCAGCAAUGUCCAUUUCCCAUGAGUGAUUAAAUUUAAAAAACACUGCACGUGAACAUUUCAUUAAAUAGGAGUUCAAAUGUUUCUCAAUUUAUGAAUCUGCAUACUUAUUUUAUGAUGAAUUGUUUACAUAACUUCUUGAUGUACAAACAAUGAACUUUAUCACGUGGCCUUGAUAUCAACUCAGAAGACCGGUAGCUGAGAGAGAAUAGAAUCAAAAUUAUUUUGAACUUGCACUUAACUUCAUUUCAGUACUAUUACCUACAGAUAAUUCCACUAGCUAAUUUUUGCAGUGCAUUGUAUUGGAAUUCCUUAACUUAGUGAAAGUAGAAACAAAUUAUUGAAGUUCUAGAGUGCUUCAACAGCCUCAAUGUCUCAAAUUGCUUAAUGAUGCUGUGUCAUUAAUUUGGAAUUGGUUGCAGAGGGAACUGGUUUCUGGAACAGCCCAAACUUAAAAUCAUCACAGUUUUCCAAUGUGCUAUAUUUCUACUCUAUCUCCUUCACUAUUUGCUUCCUCUUAAUUGUCUUUGGCUGAGUCACAUAUCAUUGCAUUUAAGAACAUACAUGUAUUGUGCAGUGAUGUCACUUUUAAUAUUCAUAAAGGGAUUAAUUGGGUCUUUAAAACAUAUUUCUAGAAUUACCUGGAGGUUUUGUAUUGGUUU